AUGUUCACCGACUCGAUGCGGCCCGGCGCCGAGCAAGACUUCAAGCGCCUCUUCUCCAGCGCCGAAAACCUCACCCUUGCCGGCGUCCCCUCGGUCAUCGCGACGCCGCUCGGCGCCGCCAAAGCCAACAAAACCGCCGGCGGCCCCGAGAAGCUGCUGCUGUACCUCCACGGCGGCGCCUUCUUCACCGGUUCCUGCUACAUCCAAUGGAGCACGGCCGGGCCCGUGGCCAAGCGGCUCGGCGUGAGGCAGCUGUGCGCGGAGUACCGACUGGCCCCAAAGCACCCCUUCCCCGCGGCCAUCGACGACGCGGUGGCGGUCUACAAAGAGCUCCUCGCGCGCGCCGCCAUGCGCGCCGCCGGCGGCGCCGCCGCCGCGGACAUCGCUCUGCUCGGCGACUCGGCCGGCGGCGGGCUUGCGCUCGCGCUGCUGCUGCGGCUGCGCGCGCUGGGGCUGCCGUACCCGGCGGCGGUCGUCCUCUACUCCCCAUGGGUCGAGCUCUCGCGCGUCGGUGACACCCAGACCACGCUCUCCGGCGUCGACCCUGUCCUGCAGUACGACUUUGGCCUGUCAUCCCUCGCCCUGGCCUACGUCUCAGGCAACGCGUCAGCCCUGGCGGCGCCCCUGGUGUCGACGCUGCGCGCGGACUGGCGCAAGGAGAAGGUCGGGGCGCUGCCGCCGAUCCUGCUGCAGGUCGGACUGCGGGACGUGCUGCUGUCGGACUGCGUCCGGCUGUACCGCAAGCUGGCGGCGGCCGGGCAGGCAGUACAGUUCUCGCCCUGGGAGGCGAUGUGGCACGUGUUCCAGGCGUCCACGACGCUGCCCGAGGCGCUCGCGGCCGCGGAUGAGGCGGCGGCGUUCCUCAGGCGCCACCUGUUCCGUUAG